AUGAGUUGGAUCUGCGAUGGCCUCCCAUGUAAAUUGGUUGAGGAACGCGGACCCAACCCAGUUGUCGGUGAGGGUGUAGAACACAGCUUGUACAGGGGAGAUAGCCCAAAGGCUGAGAAGUGUCCAGUACGGUUGCCAUACAAAGCAACUUUCCAACCAGAUGAAACCGCAUCAGAGGAGAGGGAGAGUAUAUGGUUGUGUCCAAACAACGACAAUCCAUCUACCGAGAAACUUCCUAAAUAUGCGAGAUUCCAAGAAGAUAUAUUGAUGCGAGGAGUUGACGGUGGCGUGCUAGCAUCAAACCGGAAGCGGGAGAUUUACUGGAGCCAAGAAGGGAGCAAAACAGAGACAAACACGGAUGGCGGGGCUCGUUUAGGAAAGAGCGUAGAACUAGAAGGAUGA